GUCCGCCGGCUGGGCCGCUGCGGCCUCGUCCCGGCGCCGUCUGGACGGCCUCUGAGGCGCGGGCGCUGCGGGCCGGGAGCGCGGGCAGCGAGGGGCCGCGGGCGCCGUCGCAGGGGCAAGAGCCCGACGAGUCCGAUGAGGAGGAGGCCGGGGACGUGGAGUCCGGGUGGCUGGCCCAGCCCCAGCCCUGGGGCAAGAUCCAGUGGUCGUGGCCCAGGAGGCUGUGCAGAGGAGGGGACUGGGCCAUGGCCGGGGCUGCUGCGGGCUCUGGGAUGCUGGGCUGGCCACCUCCAGGCCUGAGCUUUUAUCUGGACCAAAGCAAUAAUAAUCCAAAGUACCCACCACCUGGGAUGGCUGCUGGUACUAAGUGGAACCAUCGGUGGAACCAUUCAGUUUGGGCCUGGCAGGAUGGGUCAUUGCCAGAGUAAGUGGUCAAAUGUGGGGGCCACCAUUCAUGAUGGAAGGAAACAGGCCCUAGCCAAGGAGAACAAGCGGGAAUCAGGGCCCCACUCAGGGUCCCCAUCCUACCGAUUCUACAGACCUGGCUGCAGCAUGUCCCAAGGCUCCCGUUGUACAAACUGGGAACGAAUUUGCAAGAAAACGUUAAGAAUGUGCAUAAAGUCCCAACAGGUGAAGACUGCCCCAAAUCUAGGUCCUAUACUUCCAGAGGCCUGAGCGGCUAGGUCAGGUGCCCAUGCGAGGGCCCAGGUGGGGCCAACCUGGGGCAGUCAACGGACCCGCACCUUCAGCACCCCCGUUGGUUCAAAGGGUCAGGCCCCGCCCCCUCCAGGCCCCGAACCCUCUUUGAAGUGCUGAUGCGGCCUGGAAGGGGCCACUUCACACCUCGGGCUCCUGGCUCGGGAUAAAGCGGUCGCCGGCCGCCGGUCCCCAGACGCGCCACCGCCGCCAUGCCCCAGUCCCUGUGCCCGCCGCUCUCCGAGUCCUGGCUCUUCUCCCCGGGAUGGGGCCCGACUCCGCCUCCGCCGCCCUCCGACAGGGACUGCGGCUGCUCCCCCGCCUCGUCCCCGGACUCCUGGGGCAGCGUCCCGGCCGGCAGCCCUGAGCCGAGCCCCGGGCGGCCCGGCGCCCACGCGGCCCCCCGAGCCCGGAGCGCUGGGAGGCGCGGCGCCCGCGGCAGCCGCCUGGGCUCCGGACAGCGGCAGAGCGCCAGCGAGCGCGAGAAGCUGCGCAUGCGCACGCUCGCCCGCGCCCUGCACGAGCUGCGCCGCUUUCUGCCGCCGUCCGUGGCUCCCGCCGGCCAGAGCCUCACCAAGAUCGAGACGCUGCGCCUGGCCAUCCGCUACAUCGGCCACCUGUCGGCCGUGCUGGGCCUCAGCGAGGAGAGCCUGCAGCGGCAGCGACGGCGGCGCAGCGACGCGGCGACGCCUCGGGGCUGCCCGCUCUGCCCCGACGGCGGCCCCGCGCAGGCGCAGACGCAGACUCAAGUGCAGGUGCAGGCGUGUGCCUUGGGCCUGGGCUCCGCCGCUGCGUCGUGGGGGUCCCCGCCAGCCUGUCCCGCAGGCGUAGCGGCGCCGGCGCCUCAAGACCCGCAGGUGCUUUACGACGAGACGGCGUGUCCGGAAUCGCAGGCAAUGGAGCUGUGUCCCUCGUCUCCGCUCUUGCCCGGCGACGUGCUGGCCCUGCUGGAGACCUGGAUGCCCCUUUCGCCCCUGGAGUGGCCGCCGGCUUGAAUAGUUGAAGUGACGACGUACAACUGGCGCCCUGUCUGUGAGCAUCGAGGCCUUUUUGGCCUCGGCACCUUCAAAACGGCCCCUCUUGAGACUCCCUUUCCAGGGAGGGGGCACAUGUGAUACUGGCAUACACACUCCUGAGAGCGAGAGCCUGUCGCCACCCUGGACGGUCCUCCCAAGCCCCUCCCGCAACGGAGGGACCCAUAGGUUGACCCUCAGAGGCCGGCAGGGAGUGCCUGCCUCCUAUGUAUUUAUUUAUUUGUGAAUAAACUGUG